CGACAAUUAUUUCUCUCGCGACCAUUUCCGGCGAUAUUAUGCACUGCCACGAAAUACCGAAAUACCGAAAUGUAAUGCGCGAAUGAACCACGACUAACUCACUUGCUUCUGCAUUGUGAGGUUGCGUCCCAGUCUGGCCUCUCAACCCCAGCCAUGCAUGUAAACAUGUCCUUUGCCUAAGGUUCUCUAUCUAGUACUCUACUGAAGCUGUCUGGUCUAUUUUGUGAAGAACAGCGCUGGUAUCGUUUCAGCAAUGGCCGAUGAGAUUCUCACGUUAAAAAUCGCUCCAGUAAACGCAGGGCCAAAGGGUGAGGACCUGAAGCUCUCAGUCACAGGUCUGCUCCCUACCAAUACGGUUGAGCAUCUAAAACGAAUGAUUGCUGAGAAAGUUGGUCGAUCCCACGAAUGGUCAAACAUCAUUCUCUACUUCAGGACAAAGUUAGAUGAUGCCAAAACGUUGGAAGAAUAUGAGAUCGAAGAUGGCGACGAGAUCCAACAAGCUGGACCAUUCGAGCUCGCACCCCAGCGAGCCAAGGCUCCCACCAAGGCCUCAGAGGCACUCACGUCUCGAAACUGGACACGUCCUAAAGCUGAAGGUCCCUGUAUAGAUAACAUGCACUUCAAGCAACUGGAUGGGAAGACUCUCAUACUCAGCAAUAUUCCCGUCAAAUACACCGUUAGGCAGCUAAAGGGGCUAUUGUGGCAUGAAAAGGACGUUGAUAUGGAUUACUACCGGUUGAUCUAUGCCGGGAAGCAGUUUGAGGACUGUAAGACGCUAGAACAUUAUAACGUGCAAGAGAACUGCACAAUCAUGAUCCUUGUACGGCUGCGCGGUGGUCAAAUUCUUCCGAUGGAGUAUGUCUAGAUGUGCUGUAGGCGCUGAUAUUAAAGGCUUAGAUUGUGAAGUAGAAUGCACUUUCCUAUCCUUGUAGCGUAGCCUGUGUGAAAGAGACAUUCCCC